AUGCGGGACCCGCCAUCCCCUUGGUGGGCCGCCUACGGGGCCACAUUUAUAUUUUUGCUAUUGAGAUCAACGGUUUCAGCGGAAUGCGUCUCCGACUACUACGCAGAGGAUAUUUCCGUGGAACGGGCGGCUGAUGUCUCAUUUUAUUUCACUGCACUCGAAAUACGAUCCCCGUUCGAUUGCGCCCAAUUUUGCGCUAACCGGAAAUUCUGUCGAACAGCGGUCUACAACUCUUUUGCGAGGAGUUGUGCUAUUUCCUAUGCUCAACAGGUGGAUUGCCGAGUGAGUACGCAGCGAUAUCUUGACGAUUUCAAGCCACAGGGCCAUUUGGUGCAGAUGGCUUGCUUCAAGGAUUGUCACGAGUAUAGAUAUCUUGCUCGCCAUCCAAAGCUUGUAACCGUUGGAGGGACCUACGACGCCCCGAAGAUGCAAAUCAAGAUCAUUACCGGGGAGCCGAACGACGGGAAACCGGUAUCGCAGAAUCCUGCCGACCCUCAAACUGCCAAUCUACAAAAUGACGCCCCUCCCCAACAUCCAGCAAAAGGCAAAGUGUGCUUCACAACAAGCCCUGAAAGCUAUCUGCUGGACGCGGAUUUCCAGAAGAUCUCUCCAGCCUCGAUUAAUGAGUGUCGAUGCCUUUGCGCGGCCACCUGGAAAAAUGAUACGGCUCUGCAUCGCUGUUUAUCGCUGCAGUACUCCGCUUCGACAAAGACUUGCUGGUUAAACAAGGGCACCCAUUUUGGCAAAUACGACCUGAUUGGCGAUAAGAAGAUGACGUAUCAGCAUAUUACUUGCGACCCGAAAGUUCUCCUCUCCGUCGCCUCCAAAACUGUCACAAGCCCGUCGACGUCGCCAAAGCCUGAUGGGGAUAAGGACUUGCUGGAAGGAUUGGGCCACAAAACCUCCACCACUCCGGACUGCUUCGAAGUGAUUGACGGCAAGUUGUUGAGCUCCUCCGCCGGAGGUCUGGAACAGGGAAUAUCGCUUGAAGAAUGCCAAUGUUUAUGCGCCAAUAGCAAGGCCUCUGGACGCUUCGCCUUCGAGUGCCUAUCUGCCACCUACUACCAUAACGAGCGCGAUUGUGUCUUGAACCUGGAGAACAGAGAGACAAGGCCAGAGGCGUUCCGAAGUGAUGAGAAUGUGACGUAUAUCGGGCUGACUUGUAGUCGAGGCGAAGCCCUCGCACAGCUUGUCAACCCGGAGAAACAGUACGGCUGCUUGGCCAAGGUUACCACGACCACGCUCGCUACGACGACCACCAAGGAGUCUUAUCCGAGCCAAUCCGAUGACUGCUUCGAGGAGCUCCCAUCUCACGUUUUGGAGGGCAUCUCUCUAGCCGUAGAAGCUUCCGUUUCCCCACUGCAAUGCAAGUGCUUCUGCGCAAAUGCUGAAAAGAGAUACGGUGAGAGCUGUCAGAGCGCGCAGUACUACUUCGAGAGCAAGACGUGUUUGAUUAAUAAGCAGAAUCGGUUCUCCAACCCCGAAAAUUUCAACACCAUCUCGAGCGGUGGUCAACUUCAGAGUUACCUAGAGUAUAAAUGUGCUGCUAAAGAAAAACUAAAGAAGAAGUACCUGACCGAUGACUGUGCUGAAAUCUUCUCCAACUCGGAGUUAGCCGCUGUCUUGGAUUCCAACUCACAAGCCGAAGUUCCGGUCAAGAAGUUUCGGAGAAAAAGAAUAAACUUCAACAUCCCAGAAGCGGAAGGGCUCGAUCCAAAAGAUUUUAUUGAUGAAGUCGAGGAGGUGAUGCCCGACAUUCCGGUAGCCGUGCAUUUGUUUGUGGAUGGGGCCGUUGUCGUGGAGAAUGGGACCACGACGAGUACGACCACCACUACGAUGGCUUCUACUAACACCCCUAACCAAGCCGAAAUAGAGGAGGCUGAAGAGGCGGCGGAGUUGAAAGAGGAUGAAGCCCUGAUGAAAACGCUCUCCAGAAAAGCCCGGAAACAACCAAAAACCGCAGCCAAACCGACGAAAAGCCUCGAAAACAAGGAUUCUGGCGACUCCGAGGAUGUCGAGCUCGAAGGCCCCGAAUCAACCACCGCCGCCCCAACCACCAAAUCAAAAGCCCCGAAGCAGAAGAAGAAACAUAGAAAACACAAGAAACAUCACAGGAAAAACCGUAUGAGAGAUAUGAUCGAAUCUGAGAUUGAAGAAGAAGAAGCUGUUGUGAGGAGACCUAACAAAAACAAGAGGAAACAUCAUAAGAAGGCGAAGGUGGAAUCGGAGGAGGAUGAGAAACCACGCGCCAAGGCUCACGCGGCUGGGAAGACGCUAAAAAUCGACGCCGAUGAAGCUGGAAAGCAUAAGAAGAACAUCGAGAAGUUCGUAGACGAGCCGAGAAAGAAGGAAAAGGAUGAGGAUAAGGCUUCCGAGGAGCUGGAGGAUGAGACGGAGGUCGAGAGGACGGUUAGCGUGAAGGAGAGUCAUGAUGAAGACUACACUGUAAAUGACGUCCCAAAACCCUCAGCCGCGACUCAAGAAGCUACAAAUGGCACUACCACGACCGAGGCGCCAAAAUCAAGGAAAUUUGGUCAAAAGAAAUCAUCUUCGACUACUCUCGAAGCUACAAAUACCACUACUGCCACUACAACCACUGAAGAACCAACCACCACCACUACUCAAUUCCCAGGGCAAUGCACCUAUUCGGCCAUGUACAGCACCAUGUUCCACGGGACCAAGCUGAUCAAGGAGGUUACAGUGCAAAGUCCAUCUGAAUGCUUUGCCGAGUGCCACAAGGCGCACUGCCGUUCGGCGAAUUUGAUCAUCACCGGAGACGAUCAACGGAGUUGCGAGUUGUUUAGAGACUCCCUAAUCGACUACCGCCGACCCGACGUGCUCGGCCACGACACGUCCGCCGUGUACUUUGACGGGAUACGGUGCACAUUAAAUAGCGAGUUAAAUUCUAAU